AUGGACGCGAACAAGGACGGACACAAGGAUGCAAACAUGGACACGAAAGAUUAUAGUGAUCUCGAGGUGGUGAUGAUGCGCCAGUCAAUGAUGAUAGUGGACGAAAAGGUCGUCAUUGACAAAUUCGAGGAGGCCACGUCGGGUUCUUCCCCGAUUACACCCGCGCCGGCCUACGUUGCACCCGUUCUCAUGGCCACCGCACCGCCGACUCUCUCGCCUAUGAGAGCGAACACCGACGACGGAGCCAGCUUCUACAACCAAAAAGCCAUCGUUACUCAGCGGGAAGAGAAGACCAUCUUGGGCGUGAAGAGGAAGGUUUUCAUCCUCGGUGCUGUUGGAAGUGCCAUGUUGUUGAUCCUGAUCCUCGGCCUGGCCAUAGGACUCACCACGGGCAAGGGUAGCCGCUCUACCAACACCGGAUCGCAGGCGGCUGAUAAGCCAGGCACCAUGUUUCUCAAUAACUCCAGUCUGGCUGCGACGAACUGGACGGACUCGAACAAUGUUGGUCGCGCCGCUGUCUUCUACCAGGAUCAGUACAACGCCCUGAAUGUCAUGCUCUUCGACUCGCUAAGCGGAGGAUGGACCCGGCGAAACGUCACGGCCAGUCUCAUGAACAGCUCCUCCAUCCCGGCCCUGGACGUCCUGCCGGGUACUCCUUUGGCUUGCGUCACCAACAAGUACCAAGUUAGCCUGUACUACCUUCAGCGAGACAACACUGUUUCUGAGGUUUAUUCUUCGAACCCGGUGAGCGGCGACUGGCUGCCAGGCGCUCUGAACCCUAGCCUUACCCCGCAAGCCUCUAACGGUUCCCGGCUUGCCGCGUACUGGCAGGUUUGUCCAAGCUGUACCGACACACUACUGCUCGCAUACGAGGAUAAUGGAGUCAUUCAGCUUGCCAAUUCUACCAAAGGCCAGUGGCAGUCGAUGCCUGCAAUCACCAAAAACGUCGUCCCCGGUAGCGGUCUUUCCAUGAAUCCCUUUACCGACUUCAACGGCACCGGCGCAACAGGAACAGACGCCAAUGCGAUCCGUGUCUAUCAGUCCGACGAUGACAAACUGAUCGAGAUGAUUUCCGGACCAUUGACUGAUCAGCGUUGGGAGGUUGGCAACUUUGGAAAUGCACUCACCUCCAACCUCCCUACCAAGCCGGCGCCUCAAAUUGCUUCAUUGAGCUUCGGUCCCGCUGGAUGGACCGAGAGCCUGGCAACGUAUCUCACCAGUGACGGCAAGCUGGUCUCGGCGCACUGGAACACCUCGGGAUGGACGGUCCGACCACCUAGUCUCGAUCAGAUGUUCGGCAACGCAACUGCGAUCGCUUCAACACAAUCCCAGCGAAUUUACACCCUUGUAGACGGCGCAAUCCACCAGUACAGGGUGGAUGCUGCGACAGACCCCUUCAAAUGGUUCCAUGUCAAUGCACUCCCGGCUUAG